AUGUGUAUCAUGACUGUUAUUUUGUUCACAGAGGAAAUCAAAUUCGGCAUCAAUCGCUUAGUCAGCGAGAGAACGGAAGAAGAUGAAGAAGAGCAUCACAAUGAGACCAGACCCGAAGGCAUUUCACCAGCUUCACGCUGUGGCAGUCCCUGCUGGGCGCCAUCACCACAAUCCCCAAGAUCAGUGCGCUCCUCAUCCCCCGAGCUCGAAGUAGACUCCCCUCCAUCAUCUCCAAGAAGACCACCAGACACCUCUCCCCCACCAAAGAGAUCGGAAGCUUUUUCCGUCAGUGCGUUGCUGAGACCUGAUGCUCCCAGGGUGCAGCCACAAAGACCAUUCCUUUACCCUCCACUACCUUUUGCGGAAUUUCUGCGAGACGCUGGCAGUCUUGGUCUUCCUGGAUGGGGAGGGUACAGCAACUUGUACCUCCACGCUGUGCAGGCAGCAGGUCCAGAACUUCUUCGACUCCGCGCAGCUGUGCUUGGCGCCCCAGGUCCUUUAUCCAGGCCUCUGCCCUUGGGAGAUGUUUAUUCUUGCGUAAAAUGCGAGAAAAUGUUCAGUACUCCCCAUGGCUUGGAGGUUCAUGCCAGACGAUCUCAUAAUGGGAAGCGGCCAUUCGCUUGUGAGCUGUGCAGCAAGACCUUUGGACAUGAAAUCAGUCUGAGCCAACACAGGGCUGUCCACAGCGUAGAGAAAGUCUUCGAGUGCAAGCAAUGCGGAAAGACGUUCAAACGCUCCAGCACCCUGUCAACCCACCUUCUCAUCCACUCGGACACCAGGCCCUACCCCUGCCAGUACUGCGGGAAGCGAUUCCACCAGAAAUCGGAUAUGAAGAAGCACACUUACAUUCAUACUGGUAAGUGGACAUGUAUUUUGGACUCUACGAAACGACAAUUUCACUUACUUAGAAUAAGUACACAAUUUGAAAAACGCUGAAUUUUACGAAUAUCCAUUGAGGAUAUUAAUGAAAAAAGGAUAAUUUAAGAAAAACUUUUCACAAACAUAUUGUAACGAAAAUGUUUAUAUCCAAAAAACAACGUCGAAAAAAUGUAAAACCAAACGAGAAGAAAAACACCUUCACAAAUAGAACACAGGUCCUUAACCCUACCACUAUCGCAUUUAGGGACAAAGGACUAAAAAACCCCCGCGUACCUUGGCACAUCCUUUUAAUACUUAAUAAGGGUCCGGGACUAUUGUUUACAUACAAUCAAGUCUGUUGUGGAAGUGAGAACGGUCAAAUGAAAUCGCAAUGGUACUUAGGUACCGCAGAGUCCCAGCGAAUCUUAUACCAAGACUUAAGUGUUAGUGAGACGAUGUAGACUAGUAGACCACAACAUUUUACAUUCAUGAAGACGGGUUGAGUUUAAGGAUUGAAAGAGCAAAAUUAUAGAGGUUUGAAGUUGAAAGUUGACUUUCCGAUUCUGAUUUAUAUUUAUUAAUGGUUAAGUUACUAGAAAAAUACAUUUUAAAUUCGUAAGUUGUAUGAAUCAAAUAAUCGAAUAAUGAUUCUUCAAUUCCAAUUUCAGUAUAUUCUAUCGUUUAUUAAAAUCAAUUAGAUUUACUUCACGUAGUUUAAAAUUUAAGGACAUGCUAACAUAUCGUCAAUGGGUAACAUAACCUGUGACACCAAAUCGAAUCAAUACAACAAAAAAAACAACAAAUUUCCAUGUAUAAAGUGGUUCCACCAACAGCACUACUGAAUACAAAUCUCAAAGAAACUCAUCGCCAAAUAAAAAACGCUAGAAAAUUUUCACUUGCACUUAAAACCGUUCCAAAAUCUCCCCAUUCUGCCUUACCCUAUGUAUCUGUAACACGAUCGCUCCAUAAUGUAACCGCGACAUUACGCGAUUAUUAUAAAACAACAGAACCUCAUCUUACAUUAAUUAUCUGGAGGGUUGGUUAAGAUGUUUUGACAGCAUAACUCUCUGAAUUAUGUCGGAUAAGUAAAUGGACUCGGAAACUGCGGUGAAUUAUUGUCUUGUAAUUCUCUGUAAGUUGAGCUUACGACUUGAGAUGUUUUAAACAUGGAUGAUUGUGCGUUUUGUCUUUGUUUAGGCUAAUGUCUUCUUGUGUUCAUGUUCAUAUUUGAGGUGUUUUCUUUACUAUUUCAUUCUGAAAUAUGGUUUUUUUUUAUAAAUAAAUUGCAAUUUUUUUUCCAUAAUUUUGAAGUUUUUAUUAAUAGCAUCACUAGCUUCCGUUGAUCAAAUAGUGGAGUUGUCAUGUUUUGUUCUGACGUCACCUCACUUGAUGUAGUCAUGUACUUUGCUUACCCCACAGUUAACACCUACACGAAAAACAUCCCUUACACUUAAAAAGACGUUCCUUCGGCAGUACCUAAAGAUCUCCCCAGUUCAUUUAAGAUAGGGUGGGGGCGAUAUCCCGUGAUUCAGACGCAUAGAUUCGCCGUUUUCAUUGCUUUGACAGUGGGUGCGAGUGAGAUGGCUACAGAUUUUACAAUACGUGCGAAAGGGAUGUAACAGAAGGGUUGGGUUAGUUAUUGGGCACAUGUUUCUGCUAUAGGGUGGUCUGCAGAUAGUGAUGAAUAAAUUUUCAUAUGAAAUUUUGUAGAAAAUUUAAAAUUGCUUGAGGAUUUCAAUUUCCAGGACACUUUGAAAGUCUUUAACUAUUACUUGAAGAGAACCUCGUUGCUGUAUUAAACAUUAUAAUAAUCAGAGCUGCAGCUGUAAUGAUAUGUGUAAAAAAUAUCCUUUUCGGGUUUAGACAGUGAUUGGAAUAUUAUUUGAUAAUAAUGACAAAAGCAUUUUUAAAUCUUUACUCCAUUCAUUCUCAGGGUCAUUGUAUCCAAAGCAGACUCCUCAAAAUAUUCCACGUAUAGUUGACAACGUUACAAUCCCCAACAAAAC